UGGUGGUAACACUAAUAAUUUAGUGAUGAGCACAAGUUUUGAAAGUCGGCCAAAUGACGUUUGCAGCCAAGGCAUCAAAUUCUUGCUUAACCCCGGCGAAAAUGGUACUACGAGUAUUGAUGAUAGCGGAAACAUUUUGCUUUCCACCCUCAUUCAGCAGCAGCAGAUGCAACAGCAAUUACUUACCAAUCAUAUAUUAGCCAACAAUAGAAACAAUCCAGUGAUCAGCCAAAAUCAAGCGAAUAACAUUCUGUCCUCAUCUUUGAAUCAAGCCCUUAUUCAGCCUUCUAAUCUAGAUCUACUGAGAACGUCUUCUUAUCAAGACACUCUCCAAAACUACAUAAACGGAAAUCAGGUUGUAGCUAAUCAAUACAACUUACCUACCAGUCAGUCAUCGAAUUUGGCUUACGCUAUUGGCUUCGAUCCAUAUUUAGGUACACAAACGAUUGGUCCUAUACCUGGAUAUACGGCUUUAUACAAGGGUGGCUAUCACAGAUUUACUCCGUAUUGAUUAACAAUCAUACAAAAAUUUUAUGUUUUCAAAGAUUGAGAAACCAAAAAUUCAGAUGUGAAUACAAUCAAUUAGCAAUUAAUUACCACAAUAUUAUUUAUAUUAUUUUAAUAAUAAGCAUAAUUGUUUUAUUUUUUGAAUGAUCAUAUAAUUUAAAACCUCACAUUUAGUCCUACUGAAACAAAGUUAUAUAUUAUAAAAUGCUAUAAUUUAUUAAUAAUCUUUUGAAAAAAUUAUACCAUUUUUUAAUGUGAAAUUUAUAUUUUUAAUCUCUAGUAAGUUUUAAUGCUCCUUUGAGAUCUUAGAAAUUACAAAAACAUGUUUAUAUUUAUAACCAGAGACCUGCAGAGGUAGAAAUUUUAGGUCAAUCCUGGAUUAAGUCUGAAUCUCCCUGAAUUUAAUUUUCUCUCUCUUAAAGCAGAUCUCGGAUUUUUUGGCCCGGCCCUGACUUUAAAUUUUUGUACCCAGCCCGAAUUUCCAAUUUUAUGUUCGGAUCGACUCAGAUUUUUAAAUUUAUCUUAUUUUUAUGCUUAUUUCAUGUCAGAUGCCUUUCAGGUUUCUGAUUUUAACCAAAAAAUAUUGUGACAAUUAUUAUAAUAUUAUAUACCUUUUUAACUAAUUUUUAUUAUUAAAAUUAUAAAAAAAUAUAUUUUAAUUAUUUUUCUCUGAUGUUAAUAUUUUUUUUAUCCUUUAAUCAUUCAUCAUGCAAAAAUAUAAGUGUGUAAUAUUUCCUUAAACCAUCAAUUAUUUUUUAAGAUGUGCAAUAUUUCUCACAUAUUAUGGUAUUUUUUUAAAAUCAAAUCAUAUAUAUUUAUCUCGUAUAUCAUAUAUUUUUUAUAUACAAUAUAACACUGUUUGUUUAAAUUCAUUUAUUGUAUUAUUAUUUUUUAAAUGACCAUGAUUUUUAAAAAUUUUUAUAUAGAACUCCAAAAUCAUUUCUCUACCAAAAUUUAGAAUUUUAGCUCUAAUAUAAAAGUUAUUUUUAGGUCAUGAAUUCAAUUAGAAAGCCCAACAUUUCCAAUGAAUGCAUUCAAAUUGUUUGGCAUGAAUAUGAGUUUGCUGAGAAUGGCUAGCCCUUUUAAAUUAUAUUUAAAA